AUGUCGCAAAUAGAACUAAUAGAAGAUGCUACUUUGCCCAGAUUGGAGUCCAGGCAACAGCCACAGUCUGGAUCAGACAUUACGAUUGCGCAGAGGAUGCUGAGUGCAUGCACCGGGUCACUGUUAACCUCUUUGGUGGUAACACCCUUUGAUGUGGUGCGAAUCAGGCUGCAACAGCAACAACUGCUUUUUCCUCCCCAUUUCCGUCAAACAGCAACUUGUUGUAAGAAGGUGUUUUGGGAGGACGUCACAAAAGCUAAAAAAGAUUAUUUCUGCUCAAGCAACGCAUGUGCACAAGAGUUCAAGAUUAAUGGCACGUUCUCUGGACUUACCAAGAUCGCUGUUAAUGAAGGUGUUUUCACGCUUUAUAGAGGUUUAUCUCUGAUGCUCAUCAUGGCAGUUCCCUCCAAUAUGGUCUACUUUAGCGGAUAUGAGUACUUGCGAGAUAGAUCUCCUCUGAAAGAUCAAUUUCCAAUUUUCAACCCUCUUCUUUGUGGGUCCUUCGCGCGAAUCAUGGCUGCGACAGUGGUAGCCCCAUUAGAACUGAUAAAGACUCGACUGCAGGCUGUUCCCACAUCAACCUCAACGUCUUCUGAGAUCAUGAAGAUGGUCGUUACGAACUCGUUUAAAGAAGUGCAAAAUAAAGGAAUCUUUUCUCUUUUUAAAGGGUUACAGUUGACCCUUUGGCGCGAUGUCCCAUUUAGUGGCAUAUAUUGGUCUUCCUACGAAUACCUUAAUGGCAGAUUACAACGGUUGCAAACCUUCAACUCGUCAGAGCACGAGCAUGCCGAGAUUUUUGCUAGGUCAUUCAUCAGCGGCUCUCUCUCUGGCGUGCUGGCAGCAAUCUUCACCAAUCCUUUUGACGUUGGGAAAACACGACUUCAAGUAACUUUGGAAGAUACCGGAUCCUUGAACAAGCUCGUGAACUCAAAAAGCACCAAAGAAUCGAUGUUCAAAUCGUUGCAUACCAUUUAUAAAAACGAGGGCAUGAGCUCGCUCUUCGUGGGUUUAGCUCCACGGUGCCUGAAAAUUGCGCCCUCGUGUGCUAUAAUGAUUUCCACGUACGAAAUCAGCAAAAAGUUAUUUGCAGACAUGAUAUAA